AUGGCGCGUGUGUUGAUGCUGCUUGCACUCGAUCGACGCGCCAUCUCUAGUAUUGCAUCACUUAGAGUCUUUGUGUUUGACCAGCGCGUAUCUCGAGAAAUCUCCGUUUCCCGCUCAGGCGCAUUCCUCGCGCUAUAUCCACCUGCACGUCGGCCGGUAUCCACCACUAGCCAGCACUACACCGCAAGUCAGAUACGACGACAAACUUCGGCGACUCACGGGCGAAGUGCAUGUGCAGCUGCUGAAACCGCUGGCAGGUCUGCAGUCACCAUGGACACGAGCUACCUCGCCCAGCAGGUUACGACCAUCAUCGGCCAGCUGCACGGCUUGUUCGAUGACAUUGGUGUCCCCAGCCAUGAGCGCGAUUCGCGUGAGGCAGAGCUUUUCUCUGCGCUCUCUGAAACGCUGCACAACCAGCUGCGCCAGGUCACCAACGAGAAACAUGAGAUGACAGAGGAGGCGCAUCGCCUCAUCAAGACAAUCAAGCAGAUGGAGGCAUCACUCGAUGACGACAAGAAAAACCCAAACUACGAGGACCACGACGAGGCGGCCGUCUCCUACCCACUAACGCGCUGUCUCUCUGCCUUGAAGGAGAAGUACAACGCUAUCAGCAAGAUGCAUCGCGAACGCUUUGAGCAGGUGCGCAAGCUUGCCGAAGCCCUCGAAUCGUACGCAUCCCAUCUCGAGGCUUCUUUCGUCCAGAUCAAACUUCCCCCUACAGCACAGAAUGCGACCGUCUCGCCUUCCUUUGACAUUUCCGCAUCCUACGUCGCCAAGCUCGACAGAGAAUUCACCCGCGUAUACGAAGAAUACACAAAGCGCAUCAAUACCGUCAAGGUCCUGUGCCAGGAAAUAAUACAGUUAUGGGCCGAGCUAGGCACGCCUCAGGCGCAAACAGAUAGCACCAUUGUAAAGUGUCACCGCGACGCGCCCGAGCAGUUGGGCCUCCACAAGGACGAUUUGGUUCAGCUGGCGGCAAAGAAGGAGAGGCUUUUGGAAGAGAAGCGCGCGCGCGAGCGGCGAUUGGGACAAUUGCGAUCCACCAUCGAAGAGCUCUGGGACCGCCUGGGGGUUGAGAACCGGGAGCGCAAGCAGUUUCUCACCAGCAACCGCGGCUGUGGUCUCCGGACGAUCAAUGAAUACGAAGAUGAGCUUGCGCGACUGAACGAGUUGAAGCGCCAGAACUUACAUCUCUUCGUCGAGGAGGCGCGAUGCAAACUACAAGAGCUUUGGGAUGCGCUCUAUUUCUCGGAAGAGGAGAUGCUCGACUUCACACCAGCCUUCUCAGACGUAUGCAGCGAUGCGCUUCUGUCUGCACACGAAGCUGAAAUUUCACGUCUUGAGCUCCUGAAGGAGCAGCGGCUACCCAUUCUCCAGAAGAUUGACCGUCACCGUGAACUGAUCAAGGAGCGCAACGACCUUGCGCAAUCCAGUCAGGACGCUUCACGUUUGAUGGCGCGUGGUCAGAAGGGCGAGAAGCGAGAUCCUGGAAAGCUCUUGCGAGAGGAGAAGAUGCGCAAGCGCAUUGCAAAGGAGUUGCCCAAAAUUGAAGCCGACCUCAAGAAGACGCUCGAGAACUGGGAGGAUGAGUAUGGCCGUCCAUUCUUGGUGCACGGCGAACGCUAUCUCGACGAGUUGUACGCAGCAGCGGCAUCAGCACCUCCACCACGCGCGAAAACACCGUCAAAUACCGGGAUGCCUACCAAACAGCUGCAACACUCCAAAUCAGGUUCGCUCAGCCGUCCGAGUACCGUGCGUGGAGGAGCGCCACCAAGCCGAUCCAAGACUCCUGUAUCUUCUUCGAGUAACUUUGGUGCCAGUGUAUCCAACUUUGGUGCCAGCAUAUCGCGGAACCCGCUUGCCAGUUCUGUUUCAAUAUCAUCAGGAAUGAAGAGUCCGUCGAAGAUUCCCGCUCGUGCGACUCUAGGCAGUAUACGACAGGGGAACCCCUCGACUGAACGACGACCGCCUCCACCUUCACGGGAAGAUUCCUCUUCGUCGACGAUCCGGAAGAUGCCUCCUCCAAUGGCACCGCCGCCACGGAUGAAGGACCUCUUCAUUCCUCCAGAGCCUGUCGAGACGCCGAUGAAUCGCUUCGAGUUCAACCGUGGCGAUCGAAGUGACAGCAUCGUCCGCAACGUUGCACCCGAGGAUCCUUACGACGACCGUGCAUCAUACAUGUCGAGCAACCACAACAUGCGAGCCGGAUACAUGCCCAACUACCCACCACCCUCCUCCUCUUCCACCAGCAGCCGACAAAUCUCGCAAAACUCGCAAGCCUCAUCCACGGGAACGUCGAACACGGGGGUGACGAUGCAAUCCGGAUCGGAGAACUGGGAAACGUUUAGCGAACAGUCGGACGACCCGCCCGAGAACGACGUCAACUUUCAACAGCACUACCGGCAACGGCAAAUGAAGCGCUACACGCCCGAAGGCGGCCACAUUGCCACCCCGCGAGGCAUCCAGGGCAAGAAAGUAAGAAGCAUACGCAGCGUCGACAACACCAACCUCAUGAUGGAGCAAGAAGGCCGCAUGGUCCGCGUCAUCGAGGGCUCAGAAGCCGGCUGGACCGACGACGGCGACGGCUACUGA